AUGGGCAACACGCAAUCCACAGUGCGCUACCUCGCGCCAGCAUCCUUCCUCUUCGACUUCGCAGCGCAGCAGUAUGGCAUGUUCUCGAAGCCGAACAUGCUCGAUAUCCACAACAGGAACCUCGCUGCUUUCUCGCCGUAUCCGUAUGCGAUUGCGGGCUUCUUCUUCCCGCAGCAGCUGUUCCAGCUAGCUUGGCUGUGGCAGCUGUGGAAUCAGCAGGGGACCUCUCAGGAUCGGGCGAUGAUGAAAAAGUUUGCCUGGGUGUACAGCUUGGGCAACUUCUGUAUUGGAACGUGGAUGUUCUUCUGGAACUCGAACAACCUCGAGACUUCCAACAUCUUUGUGAUUAUCAACACAGUCGCGCAGCUGGGCUACAUUGCGACAACGCUCGAGCCGCUCGACCGCCGCUCUACCCCCAACUUCCUCACCCACAUCGUCGCCAAGACGUUUGCGGGUAUCGGUGUCCUGGAUCUUCUGCACAACACAUCAGCCGCCUACUACCCCGGCGUAGCGCCCUCAGGCCUGGUCCAGAUAGCGACCGGCGUCGGGUUCGCAGCCGCGGCGAGCAUGAGCGACUGGAUCUUCGGCGGGUGUCUGGUGUACGACCUGGCUGCGCUGGCCGUAGGACAGGCAGGAACGAGCUGGGGCAACCUUCUGGGCGGCUACGCGGCCAUGACGGCUGGAAUCGUUGGCUUCAAGAACUAUUUCUAUCCACGAUGGAAGGCUCAGAGGCAUGCGUACGAAAGCGUCGACGGGAACGCUGGUGCUGUGUAG